AUGAAGACCAUUCUCAAAGUUGGAAAGUGUUAUGAAAGGCUGUUGAAGGAAUUUCUAGUGAAUCUUUCUGUGGAAGUGGGACUUCGUGAGAGUGUUGAGUUCAGAAAAUUUUAUGUUAGGGCUAAGUGUGUUGCAUUCUCUCUUUCUGUGAUCCACAAAGCACUUGGAAGAAAUGCUGAUGAAUUUGUUGAUGAGGAACUGUCCUUGGAUGUGAUUGUCAAGGAACUUAUUGCUGGCCAAGUCAAGAAGUGGUCUUUCAAGAAGUUUUUGUCCACAGGCAAUCUGAGUGUGAAGUAUGCAAUCCUUGACAGGAAUGGAGCUGUGAAUUGGGUUCCUACCCAACAUAAUUCUGGGGUUUCUACUACUCUUGCCAAGUUGAUCUAUAAAAUUGGCACUUCUACUGAUUUUGACUUUGGCUCUUUUGUGUUUGAGCAGACCAUGAAAAAUGUUGACACUUGUGCUGUGAAGUUGCCACAUCCUCAGAUCAUCAAGGCUGAUGAAGUUGCUAUGCCCAAGGGUGUUCCAAUCACUUGGAUCAUUGCUUGUUCCUGGAGCCGCAUGUCCCAGACAUUGUUGUGCCAUCUAGCAGGACAUCUACCCCUGCCCCUGAUGUCUCUAAGGCUUUGUAGGAGACUAUCAAGAUCAGCACUGCUAGGAACGUAUAGGGUUGAUGUUUUUCUCCUUAAGGUUCAAGAGGAAGAAGGUCAAGGAGUUGAGCCAAGUGUUGUUGCUACUGCUACUCAGGAUGAAAGCACUGAAGAAGAGGGAGGAUCUGAAGAAAGUGCAGAAGAAACUGAAGAGGAAUCAAGCUCUGAAGAUUAA